CCACAAGAUUUCUACCACAAACUUUUAAAAACUCAACUCUCUUCGUGUGAUUAAAAUAAACGAAUAUGAAGCUUUAGAUUGGAGACGUUUAUACUUUUGUACGCUCAAAGGAUACGGUUAUUUUUACAACUUGCGACGCCAUCAACAUAAAUAUAUGCUUGAUAUUGUGUUCUAGGCACUCUUGCAUAUACGAUCGUUCCGGCCUCUUCUUCACACCAUGAAACUCAAUGAUGAGCAGUCGAUAUUUCCGUUGUUACAGUUGACCAGUUUGUCCCCCUCGUCCCAGAUGCCGCCUAAGGAGCCAGUGCCGGUAUUACCGAAGAUCGAGUGUCGUUCCUCCAUGGUUAGCCGAUCAGCGUCGGGGUCAUCUUUGUCUUCGGCAAGUUUCUAUAAUGGUGGAAAGUAUUCCGGUAGUUGUCCGGCCCUUCCAACAAACAGUCGAAACUCUGGUUCAACUACUUCUAGUAGGAACGGGAAGCUGUAUACUCCAGUCGAGUUCGAGAUCAAUCCGAUAUCACUGCCUUACAUGGGAACUGAUUACAGGAAAGUAGGACGAGUAAGGAGGGUUACAACGGAAUCUUCUGCAGUCAAACAAAACGAGGUACAACACAAAGGGUUAGAGAAGAAAGCACAAAGUUUAUCUCGAAGGCGAGAUCAGAUACAAAAGGAUUAUACAAGAACACUGACACUCUGGCACAUGGAGCAGGAACGCAACAAGAAUCAUAAAGAUCCUGCCUUGCAGAGGCGUACUGUUCGGAUCCUAAAAUUCAUCGACAAAAUGGCAAAAACAUCUGAAAAGUUCCACUUUAAAGACGGAUUCUUCCUAGAUCUAAUGGACCCAGAAUAUUUUCCAGAACCUUCCCCUCCGCCCCUAAAUAUCAACCGUCCCGACUCAAAACGUCCAAUCUUCAAACAACCAUUCGUAGAAAACGAGGGCCGAUCAAAGUCAACAGGUCAAUUCUACAGAAGGGAUUCUACUGCGGAGGCUUUGAAAGAGAAAUUCAGACAAUGCAAGAAGGCAGGUGACGUUCAGGGUUGCGGUUAUGUGUACGUUAAAAUCCACACGGACCCUUAUUAUAGAUACCUCCCACCUUUAUCUAACGCUAGCAAAAACUACGAUGUGCGUCUAGCCAAGCUACCUCACAAGACAUUGAGAAAUGAGGAGCAGUGGAGGAAGUUUCUAGAUUCGUUGAGAGCUAAAACCCCUCCUCCACCCCCGCCUGAGCCUAAGGCCCCCACGGUUCAGGAAUUGAGGAAGGCACGGACGGAAGAGCUUAAGAAGAAACUUCCUAUCAUUUCGUUAUUACCGAAGUGGCUUCGAGAGGUCAGAGAUAAAAAUGAUAUAAGAUCUGAAAGGUACAUUAGACCUAAUGCGGGUGAUGAUCAGCAGCCAAUAUUGGAAUUGGUAGCGGCUGUUAAUUCAGAGGCUGUAGAGAAUUCAAAACCAGUUAGUCGACCAACUUCAAGAUCAAACAAUAAAAAGACUGUCGAAGAACUGCCAAUGUUGGAAUUAGUUGAGGCUGUCAAUUCAGUACCAAGUACACUUUCAGUGAGUCGACCCAGCUCAAGAAAGAGGGCUGAGAGAAAAAAUCCCGCCACAAUUAUUGAGAGUCACACUAAGGCAGAUAUGAAUGGUGUCAUCAAAACAAUAAAGCCAACAACUCAUAGAAUUGAUAAUCACCAAACUACUGUUAUGGAAGGCACUCCAGAAACUUCAAUCAAGCACAGGAUUCGGGCAACAAAGUGAUGUUAUUAUUAGGUUUAAUUGACCUCAUCAGAACGUGAUCAUAAUUCAAUGAUCAAUGAAUUUGGGAAGACUAGGGCUACAGCUGACCGAGGAAUAAAAUGUCAGGUCACAAUUGCAAUUAAAGCCCGUAAACUUUGGUAGCUUUUGUUCAAUUAUGAUAAACAUAAAUUGUAUCGUCUUCCAACUGCUAUCAAAAGACAGCAAGUUUCAGGCAUAUCCGUAAUUUAAAUAAAGAACUAUAAAAAAAUUUGAAUGAAGAACUAUACAAAAAUCAAAACGUUUUGGAGAACUUGGCAGGACUUUAAAAUAUGGGUAUAUUUUUGUGAGAGAAGCUGAACCUGGUUGGUGCACAGGUUGGGUAUACUUUAUUGCUUUAUAUUACCGAAUACCGAGAUACUUAUUACUUUUCGAAAAAGUUGAAUUAGCUGUUUCUUGUUUGUACGAGAGGGGUAAAAGGAAAUAUUUCAUUAUGCAUUAGUAAUUUUAAUAAUUAUGUUUAUAAAUAUUUUUGCUUCUUUUUCGAUUUAGGUUUUGAAAACAACCGAUGUUUUUGUGAUCAUAAGUUCUAACAGUAACCAGCAUAUCAGCAUAUAAGCUGAUAAGAUUUCGUUCCAAAAGUUAGCUUUAGUCCAGGACAUAGUCAGGUUCUUAUUACCCAAUUUGUAAACUAGGAACCCCAUUAACGUUAAACGUAACACAUGAAAAUAUUCAUAAAUGAAAUCGUACAUUCAUUUUGCAGCAGUAUUUUUCUGAAAAUGAAACCAUUUUUAUACGAAAGUUUGAUCGUAGGUUAACGUUUGUCUCUUGCAGACACUUUUUAAGCACUUUUGUCAUGAUAUUUUUGACAAAUUUCGCCUUCUUAGGGGGUCCAAAAAGGAGGUUUCU